UCCCUCCUCCCUCCUCCCUCCUCCUCCUCCUCCUCUUCCUCCUCUUCCUCUUCCUCCUCUUCCUCCUCCUCUUGCCGUUUGGCCCUCUUUUGAUCGGGCAUAGCGUAGGAGGUAUGCCGUGUUCAUCCUGGGCCACGACAGUAGUCAUGGUUGUUGACGCUGUUGGGGUGACGAGCAGCAGCGGGAGGAGCGACACGACCGUUCGUCCUUGCUCUGGCUGACCUCGGUGACACGCCCGCCCCCGCCCUUGCCUCCUUCCCUUUCCUUUAGUUUUCGCCCAGCGUCUCGCUUCACCUUUGGAUUAUCCAUCUCGUCGAGAUGGUUCGUGUCAGGAAGGUCGCCCUCAUGGGCUUUCCUGCCGUCGGCAAAUCCUCGCUGGCAUACCAGUACGUGGAGAACCGGUUUGAAGACGAGUACAUUACCACCAUCGAAAAUCAACUGGAAAAGGAUAUUAAAAUUGGCGACCGGGACUUUCGCCUGCAAAUUUACGACACCAUGGGCGUCACCGAGUUGCCCAACUUCCCAGAUGAUUACCUCAUCAUGGAUGGCUGGAUCAUCGUCUACUCGGUCGCGGAAAGCCGCAGCUUUGAUGUAGUUCGAGAAAUCUAUGAGCGCCUCAUGGCCGCUGGUGCCCAAGGGUGCGUAAAGGCCAAGUUUUGCCUCGCCUGCCAUCUUCGUUCAUGUGCAGGCCGCCCCUCACCCGCACACCACCCACCUUUCUCAACCCGUAGCCCACCGGUUAUCAUUGUGGCCAACAAGUGUGAUCUUGUUGAGGAUCGAGUCAUCUCCAUGGCCGAAGGCAAGGCCCUGGCAGAAAAGUGUGGCGCACUCUACGUCGAGUCCUCGGCUCGUGAUAAUACCGGUGUCACAGAAGUCUUCCACCGCAUGAUCACGGAGAUUGAGCGCCGCAAUGGCGAUCCCAUCAAGGCGGAGAAGGACUGCAUUAUCCUUUAA